AUGCGUCUCCUACUACUCUUUUCGUUUUCUAUCCUACUAUCAUCCGCCACUUUCUCCUUUCCAACUUAUGGCGCCGAUAUUCUAGAGAUUCUUAUCGAAUCUGGAGCUUCAGUACAUACAGGAUUCGUGGUAACCUAUGAAAAUAAGUCACAUGUCACUUGGCGUCAUUUGAAGCCAAAUACUCCAGAAUUAUUGAUUUUCGAAGGAUUCGAUUUAUCAAAUAGCUCUAAAGAACUGAUGAAUGUCACGAUUCACAACAAUAUCACUUCGAAUUCCGUGAUUUUCAAUCCCUGGAGGAGACCAGUAUACGACAUUAAUGAAUUGCCACUACCGUACACCGGUCUCCAGAUGAAAUUCAAGUGUGCCGAAGAUUGGUACGGAACCCUUUGUCACCAGCACUGCUUGGUAAAAGAAAGAUGGCGAUGUGAUAAACAUGGAAGUUCGGUUUGUGCCCCGGGCUACUGUGGAUGGAAUUGUCACAAGUUCGGAUCGGGCUGUCCAAAUUUCAGUUGCAAAAACGGUGGAGAAUGUUACGGGGGCGACCGCUUCUCAGUAUCUUCUACUCUAUGUCAUUGUCCAACAGGAUACUACGGGAACGACUGCGAGAUAUUCUAUAUAAUCGAGGAAAAACUGAAUUUUAUGACAAAUUUCGGCGCGAACUUGACGGUUUCAAACAAAUUUUUGAAUCGAACCGAUAUCUAUCAACUAUUCGAAAAAUAUGAAGAGAAGCCACGGACAUCCGGACACCAAGACGCACAGACAUAUCAGUCUUUUGGGAAAUUGGCGGAGAUUUGUGUGUUGAUCUGGUUGGUGGCUACGAUGGGUUACUAUAUUGUCAAAUGUUGUGGGAAAUCGGUAAAGAAUGAGAAGAAGAUUGUGGAGACUUCUGGAGAUGAGAAGAAGAAGACGUCAGAAGAGGAAAAGAAGUGUAUUCUGAUUGAGAUGAAUGAUAUGUGA